AGGGAAGUGAGGGUCAUGGGAAGCCUAUCAUCCUUCCUCUGCUGUUAAUUCUCUAGUUUUGAGACUUUUUAUCGCCAUGACUCACUCGGAGUGCGUCGCGUUUUUAAACCUGCUCCUGUUUCUUUAUGUUGCGGCUCAGUUCAGGAGUAACGUUCAGCAGGAGUGGCCCGUUCCAUACAGACGGUUUGACCAUCGUCCUGACGUGGACUCCUACUGUGAAGCUCUCUACCCGUUCUGUCCCACUGGAGACCGGGAUGGACGGAUUCCCUACAUGAGAGACACUGAUGUAAUCUCAGUCUAUAGACUGCAAACACCUGUGUGGGAAUUCAAGUUUGGAGAUUUGCUUGGAAAAUUUCACAUCAUGCACGAUGCAAUUGGGUUCAGCAGUUCAGAGACGGGGGCCAACUACACCAUGGAAUGGUACGAGCUGUUUCAGCUGGGUAACUGCACCUUCCCUCACCUCCGACCCGAAUUGCACGCACCUUUCUGGUGCAACCAGGGUGCGGCCUGUUUCUUCGAAGGCAUCGAUGAUUUACACUGGUCACAGAAUGGCACACUGGAGAAAAUAGCAAAAAUAACUGGGAGUCAGUUCAAUGACAUGGCCCAGUGGUUCCAAGACGACAACGAGACUGGGAUUUAUUACGAGACAUGGACAGUUCGCUCUGACCCUGGGCCUAAUGCCACCAUGUGGUUCGAUUCUUACGACUGCUCCCAGUUUGUCCACCGCACAUACCGGAAACUAGCAGAGCUUGGAGCCAAACUGUCUAGCCGAUCACAAACUAACUACACCAAGAUCUACCUAUACAGCAGUGAGCCCACGUACCUCGGCAACGACAGCGCUAUAUUCAGUCAGCCUGCUCUGAAGAAUCUGGCUGUGGACAUCCGUAAAUUUUAUCACACAUUCAGGCCACAUCAGUCAUUUAUAGACUUUGCCAUUAGUCUGUUGGAGGCUUAUAAAAAGGUUGUGUUGGACAAGAGCUUCUACCUCUACUACAACUUUGAGUACUGGCAUCUACCCAUGAAACCUCCCUAUGUGCAGAUUGUAUAUGAAGAGGUGCCGUUGCCUUAACAGUCCACAUGGACCACAGUUAUUUUUGAAUUUUAAUGAGCUUGUUAAUUUGAUUACAAGCAGAUUAACCAGCUCAUUAAAAUUCAUUAAAUUGAUUGAUUAAAAUAUCUGACGAUAGAAGCUGAUUGAUGAUGUUCAUGAGAAGUGCCUGCUUUAGUAUCUUGUAAAUAAACAAAAUUUGUGUUUCUUAUCAAAA